UAUAAAUAGACCGACAGUGGCCAUUCUUUAACAGUUUGCGUCUCGCUCGCCUCGUUUGUGCUGAAUCCGGAGAGAUUUGAGCGCGCCUGUCAAGCCCGUUUUCUUCCACUUGGCGGUGACGCAAGUUGGCAACAACUUGGCAGGCAAGCUGAAGGAGGGGAAUAUGAAGGCUGACUUGGAGGCUUCUCUGCCUGCAGGACAGGAGGAUGUUGCAAUCCGCUGCCGAGACGUGUCGCGGUCUUACGGCAAACUGAAGGUCCUCAGCAACCUCAACCUGACUGUUCCACAGGGACAAAUUUAUGGCCUUUUGGGGCCCAGUGGAUGUGGGAAGACCACGCUUCUGAAGUGCAUUGUGGGAACUCUGAAAAUCUCGCGGGGUCACAUCACUGUGUUGGGGAAGCCGCCUGCGUUCCCUGGCCAUGGCGUGCCGGGGAAGAUGGUCGGAUACAUGCCACAGGACCUGGCUUUGUACAACGAAUUCACUAUCAGUAACACCCUGACCUUCUUCGGCCGAAUCCACGGCCUGACGUCGAAGCAAACCCAGGCGCGCAUGGACUUCCUCAUCGACUUCCUGGAUCUACCUCAGAAGCACAGUCUGGUCCGAAAUCUCAGCGGCGGCCAGAGGCGCAGGGUGUCUCUGGGAGCUGCUCUGCUGCAGAACCCAGAGCUGCUCAUCCUGGAUGAACCGACAGUCGGCGUGGACCCUGUGCUCAGGGCCAAGAUCUGGCAACAUCUGGUGGAGAUUGUGAAGACGGGGAAAGUCUCUGUGAUUAUCACCACACACUACAUAGAGGAGGCCAGGCAAGCCAAUGUGGUCGGCCUCAUGAGGAACGGCUGUUUGCUGGCUGAAGGUCCUCCAGACGCUGUCAUGAAGCAGCACAAUGCAGCAACCCUGGAGCACGCCUUCCUGCAGCUGUGUGAGACCUCGGACCACAUCACCUCCAAUCAGGGGUCCAGUCCCCAGGGUGGGCCUUUGGAGAACAGCCAAUCGUUCGAGAGCGGGCGGGAGGAGAGUCGGCCAAUCCUCGGGGUCCGACCAGGAGCUGCAGAGGAAGUUCCCAAAUAUUCAGCGGACUGGAAGGUGCGAGCCCGCCAUAUGCUGCCGAAGUGGAGAAACAUCGCCGCCCUCAUGAUCAAAACAAUGGUGCGGAUGAAGAGGAUGCCGGGCUCGUUGUGUUUCCAGUUCUUGCUGCCCGUCAUCCAGGUCUCUCUGAUCUGUUUGUGUAUUGGAGGAGACCCGAAGGGGAUCCAAGUAGCUGUGGUGAACAACGAGACCUCCCCCUCUGCUUACAGCCAAUCGCUGCUCUCCUUCCUGGACAACUCCAGCGUGCAACAGGUGCCCUUGUCCCAUAAGGAUGCUUUCGAUGGGAUCUAUAAUGCAGAGUACUGGGGCGUUAUAGGCUUUGGCAAGAACUUCAGCAGCUACCUGACAAAGAGGAUGAUCCAGCGGCAGGUUUCUAAAGAGGUGGUUGACGGAGGAUCAGUCCACGUCUGGCUGGACCUUACAAAUCGACAAAUUGGUCUCAUGCUGCAGAAGAAACUACACGAGGCCUUUCAGGCUUUUGUAGAUAAUAAGUUGGGCAGUAUGUCAUACCUGGUCGCCCUGCCAAUAAAGUUCGAAGAGCCGAUCUAUGGCAGCCAAAACACGGACUUCACCACGUUUGUGACACCGGGAGCUGUGCUCAGUAUCACCUUCUACCUGGCCGUGGGUCUGACAGCUCUCUCCUUUGUCCUGGAGAGGAAGGAGGGACUUUUGGACAGAUGCUGGGUCGCAGGUGUGAGCUCUCUGGAGACGAUGCUGGCUCACCUCUUCUCUCAGCUCUUCGUCAUCAGCGUUCAGAUCAUCCUGCUGCUCCUCUUCAUACUGCUCGUCUUCAAGAUGCCUAAUGAGGGCUCCUUGGUGCUGGUCAUAAUGCUGAUCGUGCUGCAGGGCAUCACCGGCAUCUCGUUUGGCCUCGUCAUCUCAGCCGCCAUCGACGACGAGCAGAGCGCCAACCAGGCCGCCCUGGGCAUCUUCUACCCCAACCUCAUCAUCAGUGGUAUCAUCUGGCCUGUGGAGUGUAUCCCGUAUCCUCUCCGCUACCUCAGCCUGGCUCUUCCUCAGACUUACGCCUCAGAAGCCCUUCGCUGUAUCAUGUACAGAGGUUGGGGUCUGUCUCGGAUGAUGGUGUGGCGAGGCUUCGCGGUCACCCUGGGCUGGAACACCUUCUUCCUCAUCCUGGCCACGGUCAUCUUAAAGCUGAGGACGUGACAGCCUCGUCCAAGAGGAGCUUCUUCAGUGCUGGGACAGAGCCGCCGGGUGAAGCCCAGGAGCCAGUGACUCACCUGGGCCUCCUGUCUGUGGAUGGACCUGAGCAGAGAGCAGGAGGGAGUGUGACAGACUGACGGGGAUGAUGCGUCGGUCUCCCUCUUCCAAAUUAUCUGCCUCACAUGCUCACACACACACAACAACAACAACAAUUU